AUGAAGUUUUCUUCUUUCGUGGCCGCUACGGCCCUGGUUGCUGGUACUGCUAUUGCAGCAGACCUCGACCCCAUCGUCAUCAAGGGAAGCAAAUUCUUUUACAAGUCCAAUGGCACUGAGUUCUUCAUGAAGGGUAUUGCCUAUCAGCAGGAAAUCUCCAGCAACGGCAGUACCAGCACCGAUGACAGCUACAAGGACCCCCUCGCUGACGCCGAGGCCUGCAAGCGUGACAUCCCGCUCAUGCAAGAGCUCCAGACCAACACCAUUCGUGUGUACGCCAUCGACCCCAAGAAGGACCACAGCCAGUGUAUGAAGAUGCUUCAAGAUGCUGGCAUCUACGUCGUGGCCGAUCUUUCGGAGCCCAGCAAGUCCAUCAUUCGUGAUGACCCCAAGUGGGACGACGUUCUCUACGAACGCUACACCUCCGUCAUUGACGACCUCGCUCCCCACAGCAACGUCAUCGGCUUCUUCGCCGGUAACGAGGUCUCCAACAACAACACCAACACCGACGCCAGUGCCUUCGUCAAGGCUGCUGUCCGUGAUAUGAAGGCUUACAUCAAGCAGAAGAACUACCGCCCAAUGGGUGUUGGAUAUGCCACCAACGAUGACGCCGAGAUCCGUGAUGACAUGACUGCCUACUUCAACUGCGGAAAGCCAGAGGAAUCCAUUGAUUUCUGGGGUUACAACAUCUACUCCUGGUGCGGAGACUCCUCUUACACCACCUCCGGAUAUGAUGUCGUCGUUAAGGACUUCAAGAACUUCAACGUCCCCGUCUUCUUCGCUGAAUACGGUUGCAACAAGGUUCAGCCCAGAAAGUUCACCGAGGUUGGCACUAUCUACGGUGAAAAGAUGACCCCAGUUCUUAGCGGUGCCAUCGUCUACAUGUACUUCCAGGAAGCCAACGACUACGGUCUCGUCCAGAUCAAGGGAGGUGAGGCCACCAGGCUGACCGACUUCAACAACCUCAAGAAGCAAAUCUCCAAGGUCAAGCCAUCCGGUGUUGAGAUGGACGCCUACAAGCCCACCAACACCGCUCUCAGCGUUUGCCCAACCAGCUCCGACUGGAAAGCCAGCAGCGAGCACCUCCCACCAACCCCCAACAAGUCUCUCUGCUCCUGCAUGGUCAAGAGCUUGAGCUGCGUUGCCAAGUCCUCCAUCACCGACAAGCAGCUCGGCAAACUCUUCGGUACCGUCUGUGGCUCUGACAAGGACGCCUGCAAGGGCAUCGACACCGACGCUACUCGUGGCUCCUACGGUGCUUACAGCAUGUGCAGCCCCAUCGAGAAGCUCUCCUUUGCCUUCGACCAGUACUACCAGCACCAGACCGCCAAGGGUAACGGUGCCGAUGCCUGCAACUUCGACGGUGCCGCAACCACCCAGAAGGCCCAGAAGCCAUCCGGCGACUGUGCCUCUCUCGUCGAGCAGGCUGGCAAGGAUGGUACCGGAAGCGUUACCUCCGGCCCUGGUUCCAGCAGCACUUCCCACUCUGCUGCUCACACCACCGUCGUCCCAGCCCUUAACUUUGGCUUCGUCAAGUUUGGCGCUUAUCUCUUCGGUGCCGUUCUUGCUGGUGCUGGAAUGAUCUUGAUAUAG